AUGCCACCACUAAGACCCAGAAAGGACAGAGUUUUUAGAGGAACUAUUUCAAAUUUAACAAAUUUAAAUGAUGAUGAACUAAGAAGGAGGUAUAGAUUUGGCAAGGACUCAAUUGCUUACCUUUGUAAUCUUAUACAAGACAGACUCAGAAGGACAACUAAUAAAGCAACAGCACUGACUGUUGAACAGCAAGUAUGUAUUGCACUGCGUUACUAUGCAUCCGGCUCAUUCAUGCAAGUUAUCGGAGAUACACUGGGGUAUGACAAAGUAACAGUUUCUCGUGUUGUGAGUGAUGUGACAGAUGCCUUGAUUGGCAUUAAAGACGAUUUUGUGAAUUGGCCUACAGAUGUGUAUUCGAUAAACAGGAUACAAUGUGGGUUUUACAGGCAAAGCAACUUUCCGAAUGUUUUGGGGUGCAUUGACUGCACACAUGUGAGAAUGCAGGCACCAUCAGAUGAUGAACCAUCCUAUGUUAACAGAAAGGGGUACCACAGCAUAAAUGUGCAAGCUCUCUGUGAUUUUGAAGGCAGAUUUACCAAUAUAUUUGCAAACUGGCCUGGCUCCACUCACGACUCCCACAUAUUCAACACAUCAACUUUGUCUAAUCACCUCCAGACAUAUUACAGGGGAUUGAUAGAUGGUGUUAUUCUUGGGGACAGUGGACAUGCUUGUCGCCCUUACCUGCUUACACCAUAUGCCAAUCCAACAGAGAGACACCAGCAAAGGUUCAAUGGAUUCCAUGCCAGUACUAGAUCCGUCAUAGAGAGGACUUUUGGUAUUUUGAAAAGACGGGUUCAUGUCCUCCAUUCUGAGGUCAGAAUGAAACAAGAAAAAGUCUGCAGAAUUUUUGGGGCAUGUGCAGUGUUGCAUAACAUCGCCGUGUCCAGAAAUGAACCGUUGGUGAAUGACGACGGUGCUGGUGUUCGACUUGAUCAGACUGUGCAAGUUCCAGCCUUUCUAGGAGUGCAAGAUGGAAGAAACACGAGAGAACACGUUGCCAGAUCAUUUUUUAACCACUGA